GCAAGCAACGUCAUCCUCGGAAACAACAAGCAUCUAAACCGACCGAAAAUGCAGACGGCGUCGUAUCAUUUCCUUCCCGCCAGAAUCCCGGCACCGGUUAGGAAACCCCCGGCGCACAGACUCCUCCCUCCCGCUAAAAUAAGCCGAGCGUUAACGAGCACCGCCGAGGUAGCGCAAGGGAUUCACGUGCCGGACAGAGAAGACGACGACGCAAUAGCGGCUUUCUGGGACUACCAGUUCCUAUUCGUCUCGCAGCGGUCGGAGUCGGUGGAUCCGGUCUCCCUCCGUACGGUCGAGGGGGCGAUCCCUCCCGACUUCCCGCCAGGGACUUACUACCUCGCCGGGCCGGGCCUCUUCUCCGACGACCACGGGUCGACGGUCCAUCCUCUCGACGGCCACGGUUACCUACGGGCUUUCUCGAUCGAUGGAAACGCGGGAGAGGCCCGAUUCUCGGCGAGGUACGUCGCGACGGACGCGCAGGUGGAGGAGCAUGACCGGGAAACCGGCAGCUGGCGGUUCACCCACAGGGGGCCGUUCUCCGUGCUGCGGGCAGGGAGGAAGAUCGGGAACACGAAAGUGAUGAAGAACGUGGCGAAUACGAGCGUGUUGAAGUGGGGGGCCCACCUACUGUGUCUUUGGGAGGGUGGGAACCCGUACGAGAUCGAACCUGGGACGUUGGAUACGGUCGGUCUGUUUGACGUGUUCCAGGAAAAGGAACCGGUGCCGGAGUGUCAUGUUUCCGGUGGUGUACGUCAGUUUUCCGGCGGAGGAUUGCUGAGAUUGGGGUUGGACGUCGCUACUGGGUUCUUGAAGCCCAUUCUUCACGGUGUGUUUAACAUGCCGGAAAAGCGAUUGCUAUCUCAUUACAAGAUCGACGCCCUUCGGAACCGACUUCUUGUAAUUGCUUGCAACGCCGAGGAUAUGCUUCUCCCUCUCAGCAACUUCACAUUCUACGAAUUCGAUUUGGAUUUCAAGCUAAUCCAGAAGCAGGAAUUCAGCAUCCCUGACCAUCUGAUGAUCCACGACUGGGCCUUCACGGACACGCAUUACGUUAUCUUCGGCAAUCGUAUCAAGCUCGACAUUCCUGGAUCGAUGCUAGCAGUAACUGGGCUAUCUCCCAUGAUAUCUGCACUGUCCGUGAACCCAAGCCGGUCCACAUCGCCGGUUUACUUGCUUCCAAGAUUCCCAGACAAGGUAGCAGGAAACCGGGAUUGGAGAGUACCGGUCGAAGCUCCGUCGCAGCUGUGGUUACUACACGUAGGCAAUGCGUUCGAGCAAAGGGACGAAAAGGGCAAUUUGGAGAUUCAAAUAUAUGCCGCUGCUUGCUCCUAUCAGUGGUUCAAUUUCCAGAAGAUGUUCGGAUAUGAUUGGCAGAGCGCCAAACUCGACCCUUCUUUCAUGAACGUAAGAGAAGGUGAAGAGGCUUUGCUACCUCACCUUGUCCGGGUAGGCAUUGAACUGAAUGCUGACGGAGUCAGCCGGAGAUGUUCCGUCGAAGCCUUGAAUCAGUGGAACAGACCAUCUGACUUUCCUGCAAUCAAUCCUGCCUUCUCCGGCGCGAGAAACACUUACAUUUAUGCAGCGACUUCUUCCGGAUCUCGUAGAUCAUUGCCCCAUUUUCCAUUCGAUAGUAUUGCGAAACUCAACGUUUCAGAUGGAUCGGUCUCCAAAUGGUCCACUAGAACUCGGCGGUUCAUUGGAGAGCCCAUAUUUGUUCCCAAGGGGGCUGAGGAGGAUGACGGGUACCUUCUAGUAGUAGAGUAUGCAGUUUCAAUACAGAAGUGUUACCUUGUGAUUUUGGAUCCUAAGCGCAUAGGAAGAGCUGAUGCAGUUGUAGCAAAGCUGGAAGUUCCCAAACACCUGAACUUUCCACUUGGAUUCCAUGGCUUUUGGGCUCCAGAUGUUAGUAACUCAAUAAAAAGAUAGUUGUAACUACCAACUAGUAGUUUGAUUGAAAAGAUAAUACAUUUAUUUAUUGUUGUAUUAUUUAAUUUUUUAUAUUAAGGGAGCCUGGGGCCCAACUGCAACCUUACUGUCGGGAGUUCAUCCAA